UUUAAUCCUUACAUCUUCCAAUCGCCUGGACGCUAUACACAGCUACUCCGACUUCUCUCUACCUUCCCCUCUCCCCCCCACCGCUGCCGUACCUCACUCAUACAACCUUUCAACUGCAUUCAUUUUCCAUCCAUACCCAUACUGGACGGCCGUACUCCGCUGCCGGAUAGAUCACCCGGACGCUGAUGUUACGGCCGGUUCUGAAGCUGUUACAUUAGUUUACAUACUCUUCCGGAGUUGAUUAAAAUGGCAUCAUUUGCUAUAGAAAAUGUAGAAAGUGGACAAGCAAUUUCUAGCAUUUCUGGGACUGGAAAAUGUGAAAGCUACUUCAUUUUUAGUAUUGAAACCUCCCUUGGGGAUGCACUUCGGAUAUUUCUAUAUUUUAUGGGCCUUGCAUAUUGUUUCGUUGGAUUGUCUGCUAUUACUGCUCGAUUUUUUCGGUCCAUGGAGAAUGUUGUGAAGCACUCAAGGAAGGUGGUAGAGAUAGAUCCACACACCAAUACUGAAAUUAUUAGAUAUGAGAAGGUCUGGAAUUUUACAAUAGCAGAUAUCAGCUUACUGGCGUUUGGCACUAGCUUUCCUCAAAUAUCACUAGCUACUAUUGAUGCUAUUCGAAAUAUUGGCAACCUGUAUGCUGGAGGUCUGGGACCUGGAACACUGGUUGGUUCUGCUGCUUUCGACCUUUUUCCCAUUCAUGCUGUUUGCGUUGUAGUGCCUAAGGCAGGGGAGUUGAAAAAAAUAUCUGAUAUAGGAGUUUGGCUAGUUGAGCUCGUUUGGUCUUUCUGGGCUUAUAUUUGGCUAUACAUUAUUUUGGAGGUGUGGACACCAAAAGUAAUAACUCUUUGGGAAGCUUUGUUGACUGUGCUACAGUAUGGAUUACUGCUUACACAUGCUUAUGCUCAAGAUAAGAGAUGGCCCUACUUGUCCCUUCCUUUGGCAAGAACCGAGAGGCCAGAGGAAUGGGUGCCACCUGAGAUUGAUAUAUGCAAACAGGAUAAUCCCUGUAGAGAGGAAUUUCAAGCCCAUGAGAAUGAGCAGAGAAGCAUUGUUGACAUUUUCUCCAUCCAUGAUAGUGAUGGGAAAGUAUAUCAUGAAGUUCCUGGACACGAUAUUGCUGAAUCCUCCAAUAGUAAUAUUCCCGAGGAGAUGGAUGGAAAGGCAGACCACCCUCAUGUGCUUAAAAUUUGGAAACAACAGUUUGUGGAUGCACUUUCGUUGGAAACUUCAGAAUCAAAGCAGCGGAAUAACAUCUAUUUACGAUCAGCAAGAUUAUGCUGGCAGUUGAUUGUUGCUCCAUGGAGACUUUUGUUUGCUUUUGUACCUCCUUAUCACAUUGCUCAUGGAUGGGUUGCCUUUAUUUGCUCCCUUAUGUUCAUAAGUGGGAUAGCUUAUGUCCUUACUAAGUUCACAGAUCUAAUAAGCUGUGUCUCAGGAAUAAAUCCUUAUGUCAUAGCAUUUACAGCAUUGGCAAGUGGAACUUCUUGGCCAGAUUUAGUGGCUAGUAAGAUUGCUGCUGAGCGCCAGACAACGGCAGACUCUGCCAUUGCAAACAUAACUUGCAGCAAUUCAGUGAACAUAUACGUGGGAAUUGGAGUUCCAUGGCUGAUAAGCACUACAUACAACUUCAUAGCAUAUAAAGAACCAUUAAAGAUAAAGGAUGCAGGAGGGCUGAGCUUCAGUUUGUUGGUGUUUUUUUCGACAUCUGUGGCUUGCAUUGUUGUGCUUGUGUUUAGACGUGUAACAUUAGGUGCAGAACUUGGAGGGCCAAAGGUUUGGGCUUGGAUUACAUGUAUCUUUUUCAUGGUGCUUUGGGUCAUCUUUGUGGUCUUGUCUUCACUCAAGGUUUCAGAUAUUAUCUGAUUCUGAUCUCUAAAGUAUUUCCCCCAUUUUGGUCUCUAUCCACAUAUAUACAACAAACUCAAUUCACUGCAACAUUAGUUUAUUGUUAUUAUCUUUUAUUUAUUUUAUUUUUAUUUUUAUA